GAGGAAUCCAGGAAGUAUUUUUGUUACACAAGGCGGAAGCGUAUGAGCUGUUAAAUUGUUUUUGGAGCAAAGGAGAGAACGUCGUCAACGAGGGCUCAGCCUCUCCAUCUCUGCCCACCUUCUCUGGUCUUGGUCACCACCAGGAGUUUGGUCUCUGACCUCACUCACCAUCAGUGCCUGUACAUCUGAGCUCAGCUCCUUUGCACCUCUUUCGUCUGUUUUUUCAACCUUGCCCAGGUUUUGUCAUCCGUAACAGUCCCUGUCAAUGGCUGCACGUGGUGGAGGAGCAAGCAGGCCUAAUGGCACUGCAGCAGCAAAUAAAAUCUGCCAGUUCAAACUGGUGCUGCUGGGAGAGUCUGCAGUGGGAAAGUCCAGCUUAGUGCUACGUUUUGCCAAAGGCCAGUUUCAAGACAACCUGGAAAGUACUAUUGGAGCUGCCUUCGUGACACAGACCGUCUGUUUGGAUGACACCACUGUGAAGUUUGAAAUCUGGGACACAGCAGGUCAAGAGCGCUACCACAGCCUGGCUCCUAUGUACUAUAGAGGAGCUCAGGCCGCCAUCGUGGUCUACGACAUUACCAACACAGAUACUUUUGCACGAGCGAAAAACUGGGUGAAGGAGUUGCAGAGGCAAGCCAGUACCAACAUAGUGAUCGCUCUGGCUGGAAACAAGGCGGACAUCGCAAACAAGAGAGCGGUGGAGCUUAAGGAGGCACAGACGUACGCUGAUGACAACAGUCUUCUCUUCAUGGAGACCUCAGCCAAGACUGCCAUGAACGUCAAUGAAAUCUUCAUGGCUAUCGCAAAGAAGCUGCCCAAGAACGACCCCCAGGGAGCAGGGCAAGGAGGCCGGACCAGGACAGGAGUGGAUCUACAAGAAGCAGCGCCUCAGGGUCGCAGCAGCCACUGCUGUGGCAGCAAUUAGUACAAAACGAACUUAGUAAGCAAGUCCUGAACACGGUUUUCAGGACGGCUCAUAGCUAAAACCCACAGGCAGGGGAGGGCAGAGCCACUCGCCACUUCUGCACCUAAACUGAGAUUACAGAUGAGAUUAUCUGGAUCCACUUUGAUUAAAGGAACUUGUUUUAAAGAAUCAUAAGCUAGGGGGAAUGACCAAGAUCCCUCAAUACUUCAUUUCUGUCUUUGCCCUUUGUAUCUCUCUACCUACCUCCCUGUUCGUCUUCAACCUUUGUCUCAGUUGAUUCAGUUCUGUCUUAAAUAAUCUUUUCGAAGGGUGAUGCUGAGGUGGUCUCCAUUUUCCACAUUUGUUUGACUGUGUGUGUGCGUGCGUGUGUAUGUGUGUAUAUAAUAUGUAUAGAUAUACUUAUAGACACAUACAUACAGUAUAUACUGUAUCUGCAGUUGUUUACUUUUCUACUGUCAUUCCCCUGCAUUAAUCAUAAUUAUGAAAUACACAAAUAUUCAAAUAUUAAACCUAAAUUUUCAAUAUGACAGCAAUUAAUCCAAAAGGCUUUUUCAUCCGUCUGCAACUUAGAUCAAAUUAUUUUGUUCUUAAGGACCUGGCCUUGGCACAGUGUUAUAGAAGGCUCUAGACUCUGCUCAUUGGAGCAGGUCAUGAUUUAAUAGGCUACACAUCUAAAGAUGUUUCUGAACUGUACAACACAUGCAAUUAUCUGCAUUCAUUGUGUAUUGAUACCUGUAACACCAGAGAGUUGUUAGCCUUUUGUAAGAGAAAUGUGAAAUAACUUGUAAAUCUGAAAAGUAAUAAAUAACAAGAACGA